ACUUUUCAUCGUAAUAUAAGAAAAUGAUGCAUUCAGAUUUAUAUUAUAUUUUUUUGUAGAAUGGUGAAAAGAAAUUUCAAUUUAUAAUCUCAUUAAUAUUCAAGUCUCUCAGUACUUACUACUAACCUAAUUAUAGUGGGUUAAACAAAAUUUUAUAUAUAAAAAAUGAAAGUGUAACUAAACUAAAAAAAAAAUCUGAUACAAAACGAAGGGUGUACACGUAGUAUAAUUUUGUUGUAUAAAAUCUGUGAAACGGUCGUUCCCGUUGCUUUCUGCAAACACCAAAAUCGAAGAAGGAGAAGAGAAUCCAGAUCUCGUCUCCAUUUCGCCCACACUAAUUCCUCUCUUUCUCAUUUCUCAAAGAGUAGUUGAAAAUGGGUCUGUCUUUCACGAAGCUGUUCAGCCGGUUGUUUGCUAAAAAAGAGAUGCGCAUACUUAUGGUGGGACUCGAUGCUGCCGGUAAAACCACCAUUCUCUACAAGCUCAAGCUUGGAGAGAUCGUAACCACCAUUCCCACCAUAGGGUUUAAUGUGGAAACCGUGGAAUAUAAGAACAUCAGCUUCACUGUCUGGGAUGUUGGGGGCCAAGACAAGAUCCGUCCUUUGUGGAGACAUUACUUCCAAAAUACACAAGGACUGAUUUUUGUGGUUGAUAGCAAUGACCGAGAUCGUGUUGUGGAAGCAAGAGAUGAGCUGCACAGGAUGUUGAAUGAGGAUGAGUUGAGAGAUGCUGUGCUUCUAGUUUUUGCAAACAAGCAAGAUCUUCCAAAUGCUAUGAAUGCUGCUGAAAUAACUGAUAAGCUUGGUCUUCAUUCUCUUCGUCAGCGUCACUGGUAUAUCCAGAGCACAUGUGCCACAUCUGGUGAAGGACUUUAUGAAGGACUUGACUGGCUGUCGAACAACAUUGCAAACAAGGCAUAGUCAUUGUUAGUGGGUUGCAUGAAGUUCAGUUGAGUUUAGCGAGUGUGACUUCCGAUGUUUGAUGUGGUUACUCUGUUUAGAAUUUUAUCUGCUCUAGCAUGUAUUAUUUGUCUUGGAAAAAGAACAGAUGUCUACUACCUAAUUUCAAAAUAAUUUGCAUUUUUUUUUUUUCGUGUAUAAUCAAAAAAGCGUUGUUUUACCAUUGAUUUGUGAAGUCAAUUUAAUCAUUGAGAAAGAAAGCCUUUACAUUUAUACCUAAUAUAUGUACUACAAAAUUGUCUACAUUGUAGCCAGGGCAGCAUGGCACGUUUGAAAAUCACAAACAUCUGUUAUUGCUU